AUGAAGUUUUCCUAUCCCCUUGUUGCUGCGCUCAUGGGAGUGGCCGCCGCCAGCCCAAUCGGAGAAGCCUCACUCAGCAAGCGAUUCGACCAGGGCAAAAUCGACGGCGAGGUUCGGAAACUGAGUGAUUUGAUUGAUGGUUUCCAAAAGGCCAAGGACGAAAAGCAGGAGAACAAGGGUGAAGGCUGGCAGAAGAACAUUGACACCCUGAAGGAAAUCAGGGAUGGCAUCAAGGCAGCACCAGCUGAUAAGGCCCUUGAGGAGAUCAAGAAGCUCGACGGCCCAAUUGAUCGCAUGAGACAGAGCAGAGAAGACACUAUUGAUCGCCGUACGAAGUUCAUUUUUGACUUCGAAGAUGCCAAGGACAGCCUUUUACAGGCAGCACAAUAG